AUGAGCCUGCCCGCCCCGGCACGGGAGUACGGGACCAUCGACGACGUGGACAUCGACCUCCACGUGAACAUCAGCUUUCUCGAUGAGGAGGUGGCGACGGCGUGGAAGGUGCUGCGGACGGAGCCCAUCGUCCUCCGCCUGCGCUUCUCCCUCUCCCAGUACCUCGAUGGCCCCGAACCGUCCAUCGAGGUUUUCCAGCCGUCCAACAAGGAGGGCUUCGGGCUGGGUCUGCAGCUGAAGAAGAUCCUGGGCAUGUUCACGUCCCAGCAAUGGAAACAUCUCAGCAACGAUUUCCUGAAGACCCAGCAGGAGAAGCGGCACAGUUGGUUCAAGACGAGCGGCACCAUCAAGAAGUUUCGUGCUGGCCUCAGCAUCUUCUCCCCCAUCCCCAAGUCUCCCAGCUUCCCUGUCAUCCAAGAUUCGGUGCUGAAGGGGGAUAACGCAGCUGGCUCCGCUCCGGCUCCGUCACAGGUCGGUGGCCACUGCAAGAACAUCCCUACGCUGGAGUACGGCUUCCUCGUCCAGAUCAUGAAGUAUGCGGAGCAGCGGAUCCCGACACUCAAUGAGUACUGCGUGGUGUGCGACGAGCAGCACGUCUUCCAGAACGGCUCUAUGCUCAAGCCAGCGGUGUGCACCCGGGAGCUCUGCGUCUUCUCCUUCUACACCCUGGGCGUCAUGUCCGGCGCGGCAGAGGAGGUGGCCACAGGCGCUGAGGUGGUGGACCUGCUGGUGGCCAUGUGCCGUGCCGCCCUGGAGUCCCCCCGCAAGAGCAUCAUCUUCGAGCCUUACCCUUCCGUGGUGGACCCCAACGACCCCAAAACGCUUGCCUUCAACCCCAAGAAGAAGAACUACGAGCGGCUGCAGAAGGCCCUGGACAGCGUGAUGUCCAUCCGGGAGAUGACCCAGGGGUCCUACCUGGAGAUUAAGAAGCAGAUGGACAAGCUGGACCCCCUGGCCCAUCCCCUCCUGCAAUGGAUAAUCUCCAGCAACAGAUCCCACAUCGUCAAGCUGCCCCUCAGCAGGCAGCUGAAGUUCAUGCACACCUCCCACCAGUUCCUCCUGCUCAGCAGCCCCCCCGCCAAGGAAGCCCGGUUCCGCACCGCCAAGAAACUCUACGGCAGCACCUUCGCUUUCCACGGCUCUCACAUUGAGAACUGGCACUCCAUCCUGCGCAACGGGCUGGUCAACGCUUCCUACACCAAACUGCAGCUGCAUGCAGCAGCCUAUGGCAAGGGUAUCUAUCUGAGUCCCAUCUCCAGUAGUUCCUUUGGAUACUCAGGGAUGGGGAAAGGGCAGCACCGGAUGCCUUCGAAGGAUGAGCUGGUGCAGAGGUACAACCGGAUGAACACCAUCCCCCAGACCCGCUCCAUCCAGUCCCGCUUCCUCCAGAGCCGCAACCUGAACUGCAUCGCGCUUUGCGAAGUCAUCACCUCCAAGGACCUGCAGAAACAUGGCAACAUCUGGGUCUGCCCCGUCUCAGACCACGUCUGCACCCGCUUCUUCUUUGUGUACGAAGACGGCCAAGUGGGAGAUGCCAAUAUCAAUACUCAGGACCCCAAAAUCCAGAAGGAGAUCAUGCGCGUGAUUGGGACUCAGGUGUACACAAACUGA